CAAAUGGCUCCUCAACAGAAGUCCGGUAUCGCCGUUGGUCUCAACAAGGGCCACAUCACCACUCGUCGUGAAUUGAAGCAAAAGCCUUCCAACCGCAAGGGCGCUGCCUCCAAGCGUGCUACUUUUGUUCGCAACAUUGUCCGUGAAGUUGCCGGUUUCGCUCCUUACGAACGUCGUGUCAUGGAAUUGAUCAAGAACUCCAAGGAUAAGCGUGCCAAGAAGCUCACCAAGAAGAGACUCGGUACCUUCCUCCGCUCCAAGAAGAAGAUCGAUGAAUUGACCAACGUUAUUGCUUUGUCCCGCCGAUCUUAAGCGAUAUGCUGUCAUCCUUAAUUUUCUUUUUUAGUGGUGUCAUCAUUGACCUUAUCUGUUUGUCUGGUUCUUAGUUUAAUACUAUAUGUGAAUAAAAGAAUUUUAUACACUUUA